AUGGCACAGGAAAAACACUCUGAAUCAGGACUCUACCCCUCUAGCAACCAUCUUGGCUUUGCCCAAGCAGAGAUGGAGGUUGAUCAUGAGUGCCCAAUUAUCUCCUUAUCAAAGAGUUCCUCAGACAUGGCCAGUGGUCCUGCUCAGCGAAUGGAGCUUGCCUGGCGCAGGCAACAUCUCCGCAAAAGUGUCAGCAAUACAGGCUACCCUCAGAGGCCUGCCAGUAGAGGAGGAUCUAUCACAGGCAUACCUUCUUCUUUGAAGCUUGAGGAACAUACUAUAACUAAAGGUGGUGUUAAUACCACUCCAGAGACUAUUAUCUGGUGUGAAAGAGCCACACGGCCUUGGAGCGUCACUGAGGACUCACAGCAUGUAUACACUGCCAAAAGGUGUGCACCAUGUUCACCGUCCAUGCACAGGGAUUUAAGGAUGGGCUGUUUAAAGGGCAGGGAGACAUGUUGCCAAUGCCAUGCAGAGGAAAACCUGAAAGCCCAUAACAGAAUGGUUUAUGGGAUGUUGUCUCCUGCUCUAGGAACCAGGCUCUGCCUUAGGAAUACACACAGCCUUGCACAGCAAGGGAUGGAUGACAGACUUUGUAUGCAGAGUCCCUUUGAAGGUGAGAGCCACCAUUUACCAGCAUGCAGGUCUGCAUGUGUUAAUAAAGCACUGAAUGCUGGUUCCUUCAAAAACACCUGUCAUGCUGUGCCCUGUCCUGGAAAUGUAUUACCUCUACCAGCUUGCACAGGAAGUUCUUGUUUACCGGAAAGGUCACUACUCCAUUCACCUUGGCAUGGUUUCCCACCUCUGGUGUCCUCUGUCAGUGAGACAGGACUAAAUAGUCGGACUGUGGGUCACUGCUAUGGAGCUGAAACAUGCAGGAAAAAUAUUUCUACCUUCAGAUUAGACCAAAAUAGACAGUCUGAGUGUGGCCAUCUGACAGUAAGAGAUGCCUGCAAUAUGACAUCUCAAAAGGACUUCAGAGAAGUUGGUGUGCAAACCAUGUCGACAGAUUCCCUUAUUUCUCCUUUCUCCAGUGCAUUCCCUAAGAUCAGUAUGACAUCUCGUCCAGGUUCAAACACAUGUCCAGAUGGAGAGGAUGUGGAGACCAGGAUCUCAGUAAAAGAGGUGGAGUGGGAUGCAGAAGGAAUGACAUGGGAGGUCUACGGGGCAGCUGUAGACCCGGAGGAGCUUGGUCUGGCCAUCCAGCGUCAUCUCGAGCUUCAGAUCAAAGAAACAGCAGCUGCUGCUGCCCAGAAGAAGACAACUGCAGAGAAUAAUGGUGUCUCAAUUCAACAAAACAAUCGACAAAGGAAGAGUGAAAGUGUGGUAGGGCUACUGUGGGGUCCAGCAUGCUGCUCACAUUCCACUGCUGUAGAAGACUGAGGAGAUAAAUGAAACUGUAAGCUUUUAAGCAUGUAACCUGCCUUCUUUACCUCUCAAGCACUUUUUUGAGUUAAUAUAGCAGAUGAAGUCUAAGCACCUGACAGGGUAUGCAUCUAUUAGUCCCUUAAAGUCCCAGAUUAUUAAUCAGUUGUUACUCUUGAAGUAGAGAACUAAUAAAUUCUCUGAGGAGAUUUGA